AUGGAUCCCCACCACCCGCUCCAGCGCCUGGCCUCGCCGGCGCGUUCGGCCUCUUUCGUCCUGCACCUUGCUGGCAUCUGCUCGUUCCUGGCUUCGUUUGCCUACUUGCGCAUGUUCCCGCAGCUGCCCGCAGACAGCUUCGGCGGCGACUUUCAAUUCCUGACGAUUCUCGGUCUGACCCUCUCGCUCGCCACGUUCGCCGUCGGCUACGCUGCCGACUUGUCGCUGUCGCGGCAGCUGUUCGAUGCUAAGAACUUCCUGGCUGUCUGCGUCGCACCUCUCGAGGUGCUCAUCAGCGUUCUCUACUGGACCCUCUGCACCAUCGACCGCGACCUCGUGUACCCGCCGGAUGUGGAUGUCGCGCUGCCGCUGCUGCCCGACGUAGGCUUCCACCUGGCGCCAGCGCUGUUCCUGACGGCCGACCUGUUGCUGUUCAGCCCGCCAUGGACGAUCCGCUUGCAGGAGGCGUUGAUUCUGAGCUUGUGUAUUGCCUUCUUCUACUGGGCGUGGAUCGAGUACUGCUUUAGUUUUAACGGAUACUAUCCGUAUCCCAUCUUUCAGAUGCUCACGACGCAGCAGCGCGUCUUCUUGUUUGCCUUCUCGGCCAUUCUCAUGACUGGCAGCACUGUCCUGCUCAAGCGGCUGUACCACAUACUCAACGGUGGCACUCCGUCGGGUUCAAAGGAGGAUUGA